GUCCACUGUCACUUCAGUUCUGUAGGAAUCCCCACAGAGGGUGCUUUGAGAAAUGGGUGAAUUACUGUUAACCUAUUCUGCCUUUCACUGAACAUGCAAAAAUUUGUCUUUUACGGUAGAACUUAAAAUAGUCUGAUUGAAAUCCUUGAGGCAUUAGUCAGCUGACAGCAUAAUUUGGGCUAUUUAUAGCACGGCUUUUUUUGCAACAAGGCAUUUUAUAUGGCAGAUUAUGACUCUGAAAUAGAACUUCAUUCUUUAUUUUGUACGUGUUUGGACUCAGUGCAUGGCAAGUCUUGCAGAGAGAGCAUUGGAAGAAAGUGCUGCAGAAGGAAGAACUUGGUUUAGGACAGAGGAGGCCAGAAGGAAGCUGAUGUCCUGAAACUGUCUUUGCUGUAUCUAGAUCUCAAGAGCCCAUACAGCUUUGUCAGUUUCUUUGGGCUUUGUUCUCUUGAGUAUGAUUGUCAGUGAUACGUUUCUGAUUUUUUUUCUGGUUUUUUUUUUUUUCCUUUUCUUGUGAUUUGGCUGAUGUGAACUCAGCUGCAUCAGAUCUUGUUGGGAGGGGAACAGAUGCUGUUAACUUCAUUUGUUUUAACAGUUCAGGAUUGACAGGAAAGCUAGUCAAGGAGUCACAUAUGCAGAGGACUUGCAAGAAAACCACGCUGCAGGGCUCUUUGUUUCACAGGGUGUAGAAUAUUAUACCUGAUACAGGAAAGAGCAACUUCUGUGCUGCAUUGGGGUAAGCAAGUCAAAAAUAAAUCUUGCUUAGGCUGGUACAACAGCAGGUAGCUGAUAUGAUGCUGACUGUGACUUUGUCCUUGUCUUACAUGGGCACAGUAAAGGAUGACCAGCUGACCUGUGUUGAAAAUCUGCAGCAUACUGUAAGGAGGCAAAUGCUGUUCUGAUCUCUGAUGGUGAAAUCAGCAGUCUUGGAGCGGGCUCUGCUCUCUGCAGAGAGGAGUUGUGUAACGUAUAGCUUUAGGCAGCCUUUUAUUACUGCAUCCGAGUUAUUCACCUGGAAGAGAAGUAAAGACCGAGGAGUUAACUUCAUUCAGCGUUCCCUGGAGAGCAGUCAUAAUUAAACAAAUUACUUGGGACAGACAUAGUUCAUGAUAGUUUCAUAAUAUUUGCCUUCGGAUUAUUAGAACGUGGUCUUGUUGGAGGCUAAAUACUGAACAGCAGCCACUACAUGAACUGCAUGCUCUUCAUUGCAAGUUUUUAGGUGUUACCUCAAGGCAAGAGUUAUAUCACCAUAUAAGCAGUGGAACUGCAUUGGACUAGGGCUUCGUAAUGAGUCACCCGGGUUAUCCCCCAGCAGGUGGAUAUCCACCAGCAGCCCCAGGUGGCAGUCCUUGGGGUGGUGCUGCUUAUCCACCUUCAAAUCCACCUCCAAUUGGUCUAGAAAAUGUGGCUGGCUAUGCCAAUCAGUUCAACCCAAGCUACAUGGCUGGAAUGGCAUCCAAUAUGGCAGGGACAUUUGGAGGGUCAAAUGUACCACAAGGCAUAUAUCCUUCAGCACCUGGGGGUUAUCCACCAGUACCUGCAGGUGGCUUUGGACAGCCUCCACCAGGACAGCAGCCCUCUUAUGGGGGGUAUCCUCCAUCUGGAGGAAAUGCACCAGGAUUUCCAGGUGGCCCUGCGUUGGGCCAGCCCACACUGCCUCCUGGUCAGCCGCCUAUGGGAUUACCAGGACAACCACCAGCACCUUACCCAGGACAGCAGCCCAUGCCAACUUAUCCACCAGUCCCAGCUGUGAAUCCAUCUAUGCCCUCUUAUCCAGGACCUACAGGGCCUACAGUCUCUCCUGGAGCAUAUGGAAACAGAGGCACAAUCACGGAUGCAUUGGGAUUUGACCCUCUGAAGGAUGCAGAAGUCUUGAGGAAGGCCAUGAAGGGAUUGGGAACUGAUGAGCAGGCUAUUAUAGAUUGCCUUGGAAGUCGUUCAAACAAGCAGCGACAGCAGAUCAUCCUCUCCUUCAAAACAGCUUAUGGAAAGGAUUUGAUCAAGGAUCUCAAGUCUGAACUAUCAGGUAACUUUGAGAAGACAAUCUUAGCAAUGAUGAAGACACCCGUCAUGUUUGAUGCUUAUGAAAUCAAGGAAGCUAUAAAGGGCAUUGGCACAGAUGAAAAUUGUCUCAUUGAAAUCUUAGCUUCUCGCAGUAAUGAGCAUAUUCAGGAACUCAACAGGGUCUAUAAAGCAGAAUUUAAGAAAACUCUGGAGGAAGCAAUAAGAAGUGACACAUCUGGACACUUUCAGAGGCUUUUAAUUUCACUUUCUCAGGGUAACAGAGAUGAAAGUACAAAUGUUGACAUGUCUCUUGUCCAAAAAGAUGUACAGGAGCUAUAUGCAGCUGGUGAGAAUCGUCUAGGAACUGAUGAAUCCAAAUUCAAUGCCAUUCUGUGUGCGAGAAGUAGGGCCCACCUCAGAGCAGUUUUCAGUGAGUACCAGAGGAUGUGUAACCGGGACAUAGAGAACAGCAUAUGCCGUGAAAUGUCUGGAGACCUGGAAAAAGGCAUGCUGGCAGUAGUUAAAUGCCUCAAGAAUACACCUGCUUUCUUUGCGGAGAGGCUGAGGAAUGCUAUGAAGGGAGCGGGAACAAAAGACAGAACUCUGAUUCGAAUCAUGGUGUCACGCAGUGAGGUUGACCUUCUGGACAUACGUGCAGAAUACAAGCGGAUGUAUGGCAAAUCCCUCUAUGCAGAUAUCACUGGGGAUACUUCAGGAGACUACCGGAAAAUCCUACUCAAGUUGUGUGGUGGAAAUGACUAAAUGGAACACUGAGCUUUCAUUUAACCAAAAAAAAACAGAGAAAGGAAGAAAAAAAAAAAAAAAAAGGCAGCUGCUAUUUUCAUGGUUUUGCUUUAAAGCAUCUUUUUUUCCCAAAAGUAAAUAUGUUAUGAGCUGUCUGUCUUAAAGCAAUUUGCUAGAUAAAAAAAGCAGGAAACCACACACACAUAAAAAUCAAGCUUAUGUACCAUCUGCAUAGGAUUCUUUAUGUUACUCUCUAUAAUCGAAGAAUGAGAGGUUAUUUUUCAGCUUACUUUUGUUGUCUGAAGUAAUAUGAUUGUCUUCUGGAGUGAAAAUCACAAUUGUAUCCUUUAUGGCUUUAUUUUGUACAAAUAUCAUGUGCCACUUUAUUGCCAGUUUUAUAUAUAUUGUAAGCAGAGGUGGUUUCAUACUCACACCUCACGUUUUUGUGUCCAACUGAGACUGCUUUAAAGAGGUUUUGUUGAGUUCUGUUUUGAUUACUUGGCUGUAUGUUUCUAAGAAAGUUGUGUACCACGUUGCUUUUUCACCAGGGCAGCUGUCCCAAGGCAGUAGAAAUGUUGAUGUGAGUAGAAGUUCUGUAGUUCAUGUCUUGAAGGUUUUGGAUUGUGCCUUAAAUAUCUAAAUAUAUCUAGGAAGAGAUUAUAACAUUAAAGCUGUCUAUCUUCUAA